UACCACACUAAAGCCUUCAUAAAGCAUCUUCUUCUGGCAAUGCCUGCUUUCAUAGCCAAACAGAUACAGAUCUGCAGAAGCAAAAGUCACUAGUACGGAGGACUGGAUGUCCCCAUUUGAUGUAUGUUCAGGUUUUCCUUCAGACUAGCCUGAUCCUCUGUAUUGAAAACCCAUUACUGACUGAAGCAUGCUGAGGUACCCUUGGAGCAUCAAAAACUGAAGCACCAGAAUGAUUGCCUCUUUUCUUAAAGCUGGUGUUCACAGCAAAUGUGCCCACAUCUAUACUGUCGCAACAGAAUUUCAUGGUUCAGUAAGGUAAAUUAGUGUCUCAGUAAGUCUGUGUACUUUGGAAAACAAAGUGGUAUAUCCCUGGCCAAAUGGAAUUCCUAAAUGAAGAUUAGGUGUUGUAAAUGUCUAAUGAUUACUUCCAUCACUGAAUUUGCCAGCAUAAUUUAUAUUAAAUACAAACUGUUUGAAAUUUUCCUUGUGGCCAAAAAGGCUGCACAACAUUUGCAACUCAACAAUUCAGAACACUUACAGGGAAGAGGAAUCAAAUCAGAAGGAUUUGAGGCAAUCUGUAGCUGUUGGAAUUGUUCUAUCUGCAUGGUACAAUACAUAUUUUCAUUGAAAAUAACAACUUCACCUGACAUUACUCCGUUUAAGAUACCUUCAGGAAAGCAUACUCCCAUCCUUAUCCUGGUACUGGAACAUGGUGUUUUCCUGCAAACGUCAGAAAACUCUCAUGAAAGCUCCUCACCAUCUCCCGUUGGAGAUUAUCGCUACGCUCGUGGUCCCUCGGGCUUCCCUGCAGCUCAGCAGGCAGGCGAGUCUCUGCAGCCGCACAAACCCCUUUCCAGCUCGUGGGUACGCAGGAUGCUGCAGAUCCAGAGACCCCGCUCCACCUCUGCGGGCAGAUGGGAUCCUGCAGCUCCUCAAGACCCCCUUUGCGGCAGGCAGGAGGGCUCCUGCAAGCCGCAAACCCCAUCCAUCUCGGUGGGCAGGCGGGCUCCUGCCCCCGCCCCACCGCUGCCCUGCCGCGCCGCCCGCCCCGCGCCGGCGGGGACUCCCCAUCGCGCUAAGAACUUCGCUGCUCCACAGGUUUAAACGUGUCGUGUUCGGCGACUGCGUGGCAAAACGUGCCUUGAAUUUCCAAAGGCAGCCUUUCCAAAGCUUGUUGCAACUUCCCUUGCAUUUUACAAAAAGGGAGAAAAAAGGUUGCUUCUCGGUCGGAGAGGCUCAGGACCGGACCAAGACAAAGGACAUCCCGCCUGGGCAUCAACAUCUGCGGGGCAGGUUUUCAAGGAGCGGGAAUCGGCGAGCAGCGGGGGAGCCCUCGCCUGCCUCGGCAGCCGCCCCCGCGGGCGGGCUCGGGGCAGCGGGGCCGGCGCGGGANNNNAGCGGCCGCAGCCCCGCCGCCCCUCCGCGCCCUGCGGCCGCCGCCGAGACCCGCGGAGCUGCAGCCGGAGGUGAGCGCAGGGGUCUCGCUUUCUGCCCCCCAGCCCGGGCGCAGGAGGGUGGCGGGAGGCAGAGCCCGGCGGGGCCUCUCCCCCGGGGCGGGCGGGAGGGAGCGGCGAGGCGGCCGCGCUCCGAAGCGGAGCCGGAGGUUUUGGCAGGCAGAUGGAGCCCGGCUCAGGGCCUCCCGCAGGCCCGGCCGUGCUCGGCCGCCUCCCGAAGCGCCGGGCCUGGCCCGCGGACUCCGCCGCGGAGAAGCGCCGCUUUUCCCCCGUCCCGGAGAGGAGGGGUGGCCGCGGGAGCAGGCGGUGCCAUCCUUGACCGGGCCUCGCGGGUGGGUGGUGACCCUAAAUUCCUCAUGGACACAACUCCCAGAAUAGAGUAA